UGUGUGUGGCAGCCCGCACCCGUCUAGCUAGUUCCUCAGUCCGGCUACUCACCCGUACUCGUCCCAGCCCAAUCAAUCCCAAGUCCCUCCCUCCCUCCCGGACCUGCUUCUGGUCUCGUCCUCGCCCUCGAUCGGCCCAGUUUGGUUGCUGGUCUGGUGCUCGAAUGCCCAUUUGAGAAAGGUGCGGUUCGCUGCCCAAGACACCGUUGCGCACGUGUGCCAUCGCACCGCAUCCUUUGUAGCUCGCCAUCUGCACUUUUGUACUUGUCUUCGCGACUCCCGCCCGGGUUCGACAGCGCAUCUAUCCUUUACAUACACACACAAACACGCACACACACACACACACACACACACACACACACACUCUCUCUCUCUCUCUCUCUCUCUCUUUCUAGCGAACACGCACACACACACGAGCACGUCUAGGCGAUCUCGACUGUCUCGAACUGACGCGUGACACACAAUAUUGCACUUUGUCUCUGACAGUCCGGUCUCAGCCACGACUAUCCCGUUGGCGCCGUCUCUGCUUUUAAAACGAACCACCUAACAGUUUCCGCACCAUCCCCCGACCUACCGUCUUCUAGGACCGACAUGGUCGGGCUGCGGGAAAGAACUGUUCCAUAACAAAGUCUCCUGCUCUUCCACCCAACACACUGCUUCCUUCUCACUCUUUCUCUCUACGCAAGCCCCGCCGGCAUAGCAUACACCGGCGACAGGCUAAAUCCCGCAGCCAUCUUCACAAUGCCUACUGCCAUGCAACAUCACCAGAGCGGCCCUCGCGUCGUCGUCUCGAGCAACAUGGAUGGUCUGAGUGUCGAAGACUUUGAGACCGCUUCCAUCCGCUCAGCAGCUCCGUCAUAUGUCUCAGACGUCCCGUCCUACCACUCUGCACUCCCGCACAACGAGCCGACCCCUCCAUACUCGCCGCCCGAGCGGCCCCUCGCCUCGAGCCGGCACCAGCACGGCUCCUCCCCGACCAGCCUUCUCGCCCCCGCCGACUCCAACUCUGCGCCGUCGGUGGGCCUGCCCCCAGUUCCGCCCGCGCCGCCCCGCGUGGGCGUCGGCAUGGGCAUGGGCAUGGGCGGCAUGGGCAUGGGCAUGAUGGGCCUGGCCGCGGGGCCGGCCCCGGUCGAGCUGUCGGCCUUCCGCCUGCCCUGGUCCUCGAGCCUGCGCUCAAACAACCCGGCCACGCGCCACUACCGCAACGUGGCCCACCGCCGCGCCAGCGCCGCCGUCGCCGACGGCUCCGCCUCCGCCGCCCGCGCCAGGCCCUCGGCCUCCGCCGCCGCCCUCGCAGAGAUGGAGAGCGCCGACGCGGAGGAGCGGUCGCGCCUCCGCCCGCUCGAGGACCCGUACCUGGUUGGUGAGGAGGCCGCGCGCAAGGCCAGGGCCGAGAGGCUGGCGAGGGAGAACGGGGACUCGAUCCUGCAGAUGGAGGACAGGCGGUGGGAUCUUUUUCUGGCGCAAAUGAGAACCUGGGACGGAGGCAACCGACGACGAGGAGCCGUCGCGAGGCGCAUGGGCAUGCGCUAAAUCCCCCCAACAAGCACAUUGUUUGUCGGGUCGAGUUUUCUGUUGUCGUUUUCUUGCUCUCCUUCCUUCCGCUACCGCUCAUCUGUGUGAAGCCCUCACAGCAUAUGCAUUUUCAGGGCACUGGACUAGGGUGUUUUGUUUUCCUUUUGGCUUUUCUUUUGCAUUGGGUUUCGGCCAGGGCUACUCAGACAUGUGCCCGAUAGGGGGCCGCGUCCCGCUCCUUUCUUGGGAGGAAUGUCCAUGUUGGAACAUGAUGGUUUGAUGAUAGCGACGCAGCAUAUGGGCAUUUCUGAAUACAAACAAGCAUGUUUCUUGAAACGGUACAGCUCCCAACUGUUCUCCCUAGAUGGAAAUCUUUUGC